GCUUGACUUGGUCACCUUUAACAGAUGGAAGUUUAUUCCUAGUUAGGCGGCUGCGCCAGGGGGCGGAGGCUUCGCCCAGCUAUUAACCCACACUUCAAAAACUGUAUUUUACGUCGGUCGGUUGACAACUCAGCUUUCAGCGAUUAUACUGUGAUUUAAUUCUGUUUGGCAGAUUAUGCCGUAAUGUGAACAGGCACCUAAUUCUCUGCAUUUCAUGCAGUGGGACUUGGAACCUGACGGCUUCGAAAAAAUACAUUUAAUAUACUGAUUAUACUUGAAAUUGGCUUGGUUGUUCGGCAGUCCUACUUAGUCAUCCAACUUAAAAAAGCGCAUUUUCGUUUUUGGAUCAGUGUAAACUUAGCGGACUGGAAACAUUAGCAGUGCACUCCGCAUUCCGCAAUGCCGGGCUUCGAUUACAAGUUUCUGGAAAAGCCGAAAAGACGAUUUCAGUGUCCUUUAUGCAACAAGACGAUGCGGGAGCCUGUGCAGGUUUCAACGUGCGGACACAGGUUCUGUGAUACUUGUUUGCAAGAAUUUCUAAGUGAGGGAGUGUUUAAGUGCCCCGAGGACCAGCUGCCCCUGGAUUACGCCAAGAUAUACCCCGACCCAGAGCUGGAGCAGCAAAUCCUCGCGUUGACCAUCCGCUGCAUCCACAGCGAGGAGGGCUGUCGCUGGACGGGGCAGGUGAAGCAGCUGCAGGGCCAUUUCUCCACCUGCUCCUACAACGUGAUUCCCUGCCCCAACCGCUGUGCCACCAAGCUGACUCGCCGAGAGCUCCCGGCACACCUGCAGCACGACUGCACCAAGCGGCAGGUUCGCUGCGAGCACUGCGGCGAUGACUUCACCGGGGCCGCCUAUGAGGAGCACCAGGGAGUCUGCCCCCAGGAGAGCGUGUACUGUGAGAACAAGUGCGGGGCGCGUCUGGCCAGGCGGUUGCUGGGACGACAUGGCGCGACAGAAUGUCCCAAACGGACGCUGCCUUGCAGACACUGUGGGAAGGGCUUCGUGUGGGACACUCUGCAGAACCACCAGUACCAAUGCCCGCAGUUCCUGGUGUCGUGCCCGCACCAGUGUGGGGCGGCGAGCCUCACUCGAGAGGAGCUGGCAGCCCACGUACGGGAUGGUUGCAACACCUCCCAGGUGAUCUGCCCCUUCAGGGAAGCCGGCUGCAAACACAGGGGUCCGAAAGUGGCCAUGAGUCGCCACCUGGAGGACAUGGCCAAGGCCCACCUGAACCUGAUGUGUGGGAUGGUGAACCGCCAGCGGCAAGAGAUCCUGGAGCUACGGAGGGAGGUGGAGGAGAUGUCUGCCAGCCGCUGCGGCGCCUUCCUGUGGAAGGUGGCGGACUUCACUCGGCAAUUCCAGGAGGCGCGGAGACAUAGCAACUCCGAGUGCUUGAGCCCGAUAUUUUACAGCCAUCGCUAUGGUUACCGGCUGCAGGCCUCUGCCUUUCUGGAUGGCAACGGUAGCGGCGAGGGCUCAUUCCUCUCUCUGUACAUCCGCGUCCUCCCCGGUGAGUACGACAACCUGCUGGAGUGGCCCUUCCCGGGACGGGUCACCUUUUCCCUGCUGGACCAGAGCGACCCUUCCUUCUCCAAGCCCCAGCAUAUCACCGAGACCUUCAACCCUGACCCCUCGUGGAAGAACUUCCAGCGGCCGCGAGCCGGGAGGGCUACAUGUGACCCGACGGACGAGAGCGCCCUCGGCUUCGGUUACCCCAAGUUUAUUUCCCACGAGGAGAUCCGGAAGAGGAAUUACAUUCGGGACGAUGCCAUCUUUCUGAAGGUCUCUGUGGACAUCCCUCAGAAGAUCAUCGCAUAGCUUGUGGUAUGGAGGAGAGACUUGAAAAAAGGCAGAAAAAAAAUCACCGGGUAGCUUCUUCUCUCUUGGAAACCCAGAGCUUGUGUUGGGAGUGUCCAGCUCUCAUUGGCUGUCUAGACAGGAAGUUGCUGCUCAGCCACUCACGUUGACUUUGCUGUAACGGGCUGCAGGGGCAUCCUGUUUAGCUGCUUGGGGACCAAUUUUCUCGGCUCAUUCUUCUCUCCAUCCUCAAGGAAAUUUGAGAUUAAAAGCCUUGGAAAUGUGGGUGUGGCCAGUAGUUUAUUAGUAUUUUGUUCUCGGGUUCAUGUGAAGAGCUAUAGAAAUUAGAAUAGGAGUAGAGAGGGCUUGACAGUAGUAGUGUAAAUGCAGAACGUUCAUGUGAACUGAUCUGGAACGGGAGCUCCGCUUCUACCCACUCAUGCUGGCAGUCAGUUUUCUGCUGAUCCACCCAGCACUAGUGACCCAUAUGAAGCAGUGUGUCACACAGUCACCAACCCAGCUGCCUUCUGCUCACUGGACCAAAAAACCAGUGACCUCCUUUUCUCCCUCCUUUGUUUGGAGCACCUCCUGCCACGUGCAUUUAGUGGCGAAAACAGUGUCUAUUAGUAUCAGCAGGUGGCCCUGAAACGAGGCUCUUCAUCAAUGUAAACAAUAUUUAUGACCCCAGACAGAGGAAAAGCUCCUCCCUAGUGACACAGAAGGAUCAUUUUUGUUGCCAGUCACGCAUUAAAGGACAGACUCCUGAUGAAUAUUCAUAAAUGCAGCCAGGGCCUGAAACCGGACACAGGAACAGGUGUGGUUGGAGCUGGGAGUCUUGCUGAUAAAUCAAGGUGGAGCCUGCCUGAAAAAUGGGACAAGUGAAGGACGCUUAGUUUUUAGGGGCUAGACGUUCACCCUUUGGGGCAUGUAAAGGAUACAUUUAUCCAAAGUGAUUUUACACAGUGGACGUUUCACAUUUGACGUCAUGGCGACCAGGACUUCCUGUGGUAACCCGUGUGGCUCCACCUCCCGGCCAGACUUCCAAUGCCCCAGGACAGAUGAAGAGAUCUCUCUGUCCUUGUGUUCUGUCAUCCACUCUGCCCUCUCUCCUCCCCUGGACAGGUGAUGGGGGAGGGACGUCCCCCUAUUAAAUGACAGAUGGUCACUGAUGCUUCAAACUGGAUAAGCAAUAUUACAAAAAGCACUUUUUUUUUUGUUUUGUCCAGGCAGCUAAUAGCAAUUCCGUUUUGGGUCACAGGUGGACUGCUUGUUCGACAGGUGGGACUGAAGCAGGAGAUGGGAUAGAACUGACCCCCCCCAGCUGUCAUUCCAGGCAGGCCUGUGGAACUUAUGGAACACUUGGAGGGGGCUUUGCCCUGUACUGGACUCGGGGUGAGGGGGUAGGGUGGCUAUAUAAAAACCAGGCUGGAGUUUUGCUUAUGUUUGUCAGAAAUCCCGGUUGGAAUAUUUCUGUGAUCGACAAGCAAUGUUUUUCAACCUGGACGAAGGGAAUUAAAUGUGUUACAUGUACAUGCAAAAAUUUUUUUCUUUUUUAUUUAUCCGUGAAGGCUUUUUAUUCUGGGAAGGACUGGAAUCAAUAGAACCAUUUAAAAGUUCUGUUAAACCAUCUGUUUCUGUGAAGUGUUUUUCCUCCAAUUUUUUGACUUGGAACGAAAGACGAUUGUGUUACCAUUGAUCUCCUGAAUCCUCGUGAAAAUAAAACAUUAGAUUUUACAUCA